CCUCACACAGACGUUCCGGCCAAGUCUGGGAGGCUCUGUACAUGUAUUUCCGGGAAGAAGGGGAAGCGGCGACACUGUGGAAGGUUUUGAGAUGUCCCGUGUUCCUCUCGGAAAAGUCCUACUUAGAAAUGUCAUACGACAUACAGACGCCCAUAACAAGAUCCAGGAAGAAACAGAAAUGUGGAAAAUCCGAGAAAUGGAAAAGCAGCCUGACACUCACAGAACAAAGAAAAGAGCAUCACCAGAUCCAAACAGAUGGGAUCAUAAUGGCUACAAAGAACUCUAUCCAGAGGAGUUCAGUGAUAACAGAAGUCGUAUGAGAUCAGAUGGGUUUGAUGCCGAGGGGAAUCGGGAGCCUGUGAAAGGUGGAGCUGCAGCAGCAGUUACUCUAAGACCAGAUGCUCUGAGUGUACGAGCCUUGAACAAGAAGUAUUCUGAAUGUGAGGCUAGCAUUCCUGACAGAUGGGGGCAUAGUGGGUAUAAAGAACUAUACCCUGAAGAAUUUGACACAGAAAGCGAUCGAGGGGAAGAAGGAAGUAAAAGGAAAUCUAACGGACAAGAGAAAUCAAGGCACAAAAAACAAAAAGAACAAGAAUCUCGCAAACGUAAACGUUCAAAGAAGGGUCACAAGAAAAAGCAGAAGAAGCGUUCACACAAAAAACUGAAGAAAAGAAAGAAAGAGCAGGUGGAAAGUACAGAGUCUUCAAGUGAAAGCUCAGAUGAAUCAGAGGAAAAGCGAAAGAAGUCCAAGAGGAAGAAGACGACCCGGAAAAAGAGGGCAAAGAAAAGGCCAUCAUCCUCCGGACAGGACAGUGAUUCAUCAAGUGAUGAGAUGAGCAGUACAGAGGAUCCUGAAAUAGAGGUACGCAAAGAAAGAUGGACUGAAAAAUCUAGCAAGAAACAUAGUAGUCAUAGCAGAUCAAAGUCGAAAAAAGUCUCCGACACAGAAACCAGGAAAAGUAGAAGAACCAACUGGAAAGUGGCCAAAGAUGAAAGCUCAGAUAGCUCCGAUGAGGACUAAAUGUCUGCAUAUCCCUGUAUUUCUGAUUUUAUCAGCCUGAAAUGACAGGCAUAAGUUCAUAUUAGUUUUUAUUUUUUUCAAACAGUUCAAAUGUGCAAUAAUAUGUCUAAAAAAAAAAUAGUCUUAUGGCAACAGUGCUUGUCAUGUUCUUGUCCCUUAAAUUUGCAGAAUACUAAAAAGUUAAAUACCGGUAACCCGGAACAGUUAAAGUAAUUGAAGGAGGGUAAAGUAUAUGGAAAUGUAAGAGGAGAACUGGGGACUGUUUGGUACAUUGCUGUGCUACUACAGACCCAGUAUAGUUUCAGUUGGGUUAGUUCACAAAGAUCCAUGUUAUUUUAGCCACUUUUUUUUUUCAUUUUUGUGUAUUGUUAAAUUCUAUUGAAAAGUUUUUCGUUUACAGACAUAGAUUAUCCAUUCCAUUCCUAUAGGAUAUUUAACUAUUGAAAGCCUCUGUCUCACAAAUCUGUAUAUCCUUAUAGUACAGUACAGGACGACCUUCAGGUGAUUGGACACUGGCUAAAAACCUUGCUAGGGCCACCCCUAAUGCAAGCUCAUAUAACCUCACCCACUCUGAGACUCCAGUUUUUUUUUUGCUAUUGUCCUUAGGUGAUGGACCUCCUAUCCUUUUGGAAAAGUUUUCCAAAGCAGUAUUAAAUCCAAAGCCGAAAAUGUAAUAUAUUGCAGUUUGCCAGUCACUAGAUGUGAUGGCUGCAUUGGUUUUCCUUUUAGCCAUUUUUUCCCUCUGUUUUCACCUGGUGAUCUAUCUAGCCAGUAACGCACCUCCUGUAUUAAAGAGCCCCCAUUCUGUAUGAAGGAGCACAGGGGCACCUUUUAACAGCAGCUUUGUUAAUCUGGGGAGAGAGGAGUGUUUGAUGCACUAGCCGAUUUAGAUACACUAAUCAAAUUAAAACUAAACUCCAGCUAAUGCUUUAAACUCUGUUACAGCAAAGAGUUUUUUGUUGCUUUUGGGAUAUAUAAAUAAAAUCUGAUCAUUGAAGGCACCCCUGUCAGUGGUAAAUGGUUUCUCAACCCUGUAACUGCUACAUCUGAAGAACAGCUUGUUUUGUAGAAAUAUAACUGACAAGAUCACCAGGUGAAAAUAAAGGAAAGAAAGCCUAAAGAGGGAACGAGAAAUGAAUGCAGCCAUCACAUGUAAUAAUUGGUAAGCUGCAGUAUAAUAAAUAUUGGCUUUUUGGUUUUAUGCUGUUCUAACCACUCUCCCCUUUUCUUUUCAUUUCUUUUUUUCUCUAAUAACACUUCUACCAAGAUUUGACCAUGCAUUGCCCUGGUCUAUCUAGCAGUUUCUGGAUCAGUACCCCUAAGUGUUAUACAUUGGGAAGCUUAACCGGACCCCACUGUGUGGGGCCAGCCUGUAGUGUUUUGCUUCCAGCACUGCAUCCUGCAUUAGGUGAUCACAUUGUCCUGAAGUACAAUGUAGUUAGCCGCAGGGUGCUAUAUAGGCUCAGGACCGUGGUCCUUCUCUAUGGUUUCCAGACUCUGAAGACCACUUUGGAGGUAUGUCCACCGUGACAGGCAAAGUCAUUGCAUUUUGAGACUGACUCCUGCCAAAUAUAGGCAGCUCGCAGUGCUUGGCACACAAUGCAUACAUGCAUUGUAUGACAAUGCAUACAUCAUCAGAGGAAUAUAGUUGUUCACAUACACACUUAAGCCCCA